GCGCGCUCGCGCGCCCGCGCGCACCCUUUCCGAUCUUGGGAAGUCCGAGUGCUGCGGAGGCUGAGGAGGAGUGGCCGGAGCAACAGGGCGAGCCUUCUGGAAAGUAGCUGAGGGAGCUGGUCAGCGGGACAGAAUAUCCAUAUUUCCGUUUCUGUGUCCAGUAGUUUUGAUUCAUCAUGGAUAAUCUGUCACCAGAAGAAAUUCAGCUUCGGGCUCACCAAGUUACUGAUGAGUCUCUGGAAAGCACGAGGAGAAUCCUGGGUUUAGCCAUUGAGUCUCAGGAUGCAGGAAUCAAGACCAUCACUAUGCUGGAUGAGCAAGGGGAACAACUAAAUCGCAUAGAAGAAGGCAUGGACCAAAUAAAUAAAGACAUGAGAGAGGCAGAGAAGACUUUAACAGAACUCAACAAGUGUUGUGGCCUCUGCGUCUGCCCUUGUAAUAGAUUCUCAGUUGGUGGCUGUUUCUUUGAAACCAGGACAAAGAACUUUGAGUCUGGAAAGAACUAUAAGGCAACAUGGGGAGAUGGUGGUGACAACUCGCCUAGCAAUAUAGUGUCUAAGCAACCGAGUCGGGUAACAAAUGGUCAGCCUCAGCAAACUGCAGGAGCAGCCAGCGGUGGAUACAUCAAACGUAUAACUAAUGAUGCCAGAGAAGAUGAGAUGGAAGAGAACCUGAAUCAAGUGGGCAGCAUCCUAGGCAACCUAAAGAACAUGGCUUUGGAUAUGGGCAAUGAAAUUGAUGCUCAAAACCAACAAAUACAGAAGAUCACAGAAAAGGCCGACACCAACAAGAAUCGUAUUGACAUUGCCAAUACAAGAGCAAAGAAACUCAUUGAUAGCUAA